AUGGCUGAUGGGGGCUGGUUCGAGAGGGUUUUGGCGACCGUCUUCGCCGACACCCCCUUCUUGAAGGGGGGCUCCGCGGACUAUGUGCUCGCAGCGUGCUUGGCCCUGUGCUUUCCCAUCGUGCGCGCCAUCAUGGACCGCACCGUGCACGAGACUGUGGCCUGCUGGGCGCUGAAAGUGCCGGCCUACAAGAAGAGCGACGACCGACCCAAGGAACUGGAGGAGACGAAGACCAAGUUCAAAGAGUCCCUCUACAAAGCGGAGGCUCAGGCGGUGUUGACCUUCUUCCUCCUGCUGGUGGUGACGCACCACAAGUGGGCCUUCGACACACGCCUGUUCUGGUCGGAGUGCUACCAGCUGCCGUGCCUGGCCCCCAUGUCCCUGGGCGAGCGCUUCAUCUACUGCCUCGAGCUGGGAUUCUAUCUGCAGGCGCUGCCCAUCCUGUUCGUGUGGGAGACCAAGCGCAAGGACCGGCUGGAGGUGGCCGCGCACCACGUGGCCACCAUCCUGCUCAUAGCCUACUCCUACUACCUCAACCUGACGCGGGUGGGCAUCAUGGUGCUGGCCUGCCACGAGCUCAACGACGUCUUCCUGGAGUCGGCCAAGAUGGCGCGCUACGCGCGGCACGAGACCAGCACCACCGUCUUCUUUGCCACCUUUGCGCUCUCCUGGUUCGUGUCCCGCAUCUACGUCUUCCCCGUCUACGUCAUCCGCAGCACGCUCAUCGACGCCAAGCACUAUGGAAGGGUGUUUGACGUCAACAUCGAGCCGCACUAUUCCAUCCUCAACGGGUUCCUCAUCUUCCUCCUGGUCCUCCACAUGUACUGGUCGUACCUCAUCGUGCGCAUCAUCGUGGGGCAGCUACGGCAUGGGGAGAUCCAGGACGAGGUCGCCGCAAAGCUGGUAGACCAGACGCUGGCAGGCAGCCGAGGGAACGAGCCCAACGUCACAUCCAUCCCUGGCAGCACGUAA